GUUCAACAAAUGGGCGACAAGAACCAUCCCAACAUCGUGCGACUGCUUGGGUUUGCUAUUGGGGGCGACAUGAGGACACGGCCAGAGCAGAUCCUGAUCUACGAGUUUGUUCCCAACGGCGACCUCGACCAGUUUAUGAAGAAGCAGGCCUCCUCCUCCCUCACCUUCCAGCAGCGGCUGGACAUCCUCAUUGGUGCGGCACGUGGCUUUGAGUACCUCCACAGCUUUGGCCUUGUGCAUCGCGACAUCAAACCCGCCAACAUCCUUCUUGGGGCAAACAUGCAGGCCAAGAUUGCUGACUUUGGGCUGUUGAGAGUGGGCGAGGGCACCACCGUGGGCACGACUCGGGUGAUGGGAACACCGGGCUAUGUGGAUCCCAUCUACUCACGCACGUCCAAGGCCACCACUGCCACCGAUGUGUACAGCUUCGGUGUGCUCAUGCUUGUGGUGAUCACUGGUCGCAGCCCUCGUCCUUCUGAGGGUGAAAAGAACGGCCACAUUUUGCGAUGGGUAGGUGCUUCUGCUUUUGUGCUGCUGCAGUAUUCCGUUCAUGUGGAAGGGUGCAUUUCUUCUGGCAAACCUUCCCCCCUAAAGGACCCGAGCAUGGACGCUCCGGAUGAUGCUGUGCUGCGCCUGGCCCAGCUGGCUCUGUGCUGCACUGUGCAGCGCACUGCAAACCGGCCGAGCAUGGAAGACAUUGCCAAUGAGCUGCAGGGAAUCAGGCACGAGGUGGUGGGGGAGGAGGAGUUGAGUGCUGCAGUCAAGGUGGAUGUGCAAGCACAAGAGUUGCGAAGUGGAACGUCGUACCCCAAUGACUUGGCUGCAACGUUGCAAGCUAUAAAGAGCUUGGAUGAAGAGGGUAACGGGGAACAAUGA